CUGAUACCUCCCUCAUCUAUUAUUUUCCCACCGAAAAAAACAAUGGCAAAGAUCCUCCUCUCUACUGCAAAUUCACUUCCCCCAACUUCUCUAUUAACCUCUUCUUCUUCAGCGACGACCACAACAACAGCAGCUCCGGCCACCAUUUAUUCUCUCAAACACAAUGUGAACCGUCACUACUCUCUUAUUGUUGCUCUCUGCAAGGAAGCCUCUGAGUUCCAAAUUCUUUCUUCAACUCUCACAAGACGAGGCCUCGCUAUCUGCCUUACUGCCUCCACUUUCUCCCUUUCUGGCUUCUCCCAUGCCAACGCUGCUAUCUUGGAGGCUGACGAUGACGUGGAGCUCUUGGAAAGGGUCAAGAAAGACCGAAAAAAGAGGCUUGAGAAGCAAGAAGUCAUCAAGGCAUCCAAAGCAGAAACAGCUUAUCUGCAAGAGGUUGUGUACAAGCUCAGUAAAGUGGGUCAAGCCAUAGACAAUAAUGAACUCUCAGUAGCAAGUUCAGUUCUCGGGUCAAGUACAGAUGCAGAAUGGGUUCGAAAGGUCAAUGUAGCUUUCUCCAAGCUGAGCUCCAGUCCUGAAGAAAAGACUGUAGUCGAUUCAUUCAAUUUGUCAUUGGCUUCCUUAAUUUCAUCAGUCAUCCAAAAUGACAUUGAAUCCUCCAAAAGAGCUUUUGUAUCUUCUGCCAGUGCACUGGAGAAAUGGACUGCGCUGACUGGACUGGUUGAACAGCUUAAAGGCCUUUGAUAGGAAGCAGGAUUCUUACUUUUGUUAAUUCUUUUUCCCGUCCUUUUCCUAGAGGAUUUUCAAUUAUCCUUUGGAUUUCUUCACAUUCUUGAACCAUAAACAACCUUUUAAUUCAAAUGUCUAAUGGUCAACCGACGUAUUUCUUUUGUUUUUGUACAAGUUUCAGUUGCUUGCUUGACUUGCUCAUGGUCUGGCUGUUGUAAAUUGUAAUCACCAACAAGCUUUACCAGAUUUGCUGAUUAUGUUUUGGACGUCAAACAACAGCUUGAGAAUAUAUUCAUGUAUUAUUAGACUUCUCAUGAACCCAUUCAGGAUUGCACUACUUCCAUUGUUUUGUUGUGA